UUGUAGUUCCUUUGCCAACCACCCAUAUAAUAAUACUCCCCAACACCCAAAAAACACAACACAACACAACACAAACUUAGAAAUUAAAAAUGGAAGAAGAGAAGAGAUUAGAGCUAAGGCUGGCUCCUCCUUGUCACCAAUUCACUUCCAACAACAACAAUGGAUCUAAACAAAGAAGCUCCACCAAUAACAGGGUUGAUGUAGCACCAGUGGUGGGAUGGCCGCCGGUGAGAUCAUCAAGGAGAAACCUAGCGGCACAGCUACUAAAGGAGGAGAUCAUGAAGAAGAGGGAGAGUGGUGGUGAUGAUGCUGAAGAGAAAGAGAAAGAGUUGUACGUAAAGAUCAACAUGGAAGGAGUUCCAAUAGGAAGAAAAGUCAACCUCUCAGCUUUUAACAACUACCAAAAGCUUUCACAUGCCGUUGACCAACUCUUCUCUAAGAAAGAUUCUUGGGAUCUGACCAGACAAUACACUUUGGUCUAUGAAGACACUGAAGGUGAUAAAGUUCUUGUCGGAGAUGUUCCUUGGGAGAUGUUUGUAUCGACUGUGAAGAGGCUGCAUGUUUUGAAGACCUCUAACGCCUCUUCACUCUCACGUAAGCUUACGAAACAUGGGAAUGAGUAGAGUGAAGUAUGAAGAAGUCAUCGUCAGUUCGAUGAUGAUUUGUUUUUAAAUGUAAUUUCUGUGGGAACUAAUGGAGUUUGGAUUUGAUGAUUUACUGGUUUUGUUUUUUUCUUACUUAGAUUUUUUUUCUUAUACCAAAUUAAUUAUGUAGUAGGUUUUUUUGCUUGCUACGGUUUCUUUUGUUGUUGUUGUAAAUAUUGCUGUUCGUUUCAGUAAUCGGGGUUAUUAUGUUAUGUUAUCGUGUGUGUGUAAAAAAGCAGUGGCACUAUAAGUUGAUUAUACUCUAUAUAAUUCAUGUCUUCUUUU